UUUCAAGGCAUAGAUUGACCCGUCUAAAAACGCAUGUCCAGUCUUGUGUCACCUACGAAGCAUAUUCGUUCCGGUGUUAGUCGUCCAAUGUUAAUUAAGCGUGUAUAAGCUUAAAAUAUUAGAAAAGAAUAUGCCUGUAAUAUGAAGUGGAUAGUAAUUUCGUGUAUUUUAUGUAUAUUUGGAUGUUUCAAAGAGUUUAGACCUUCAGAAUCUUUCGUUACCGAUUAUUUAACAGGACCAUGGAAAAAUUUUACAAAUGUUCAAGUAAAUCAAGAAAUAUUUCCUGUUGCAACAUAUUCUUAUUUUGCAACAUUAGUUGUUAUAUUUUUAGUAACAGAUUUUGUACGAUAUAAGCCUAUCAUUAUUUUGUGUGGUUUCUCUGGUGCUAUCACAUUUCUUUUGAUAAUGCUUGGAAAAGAUAUAUUAACUAUACAAAUUGUGGAGUUCUUUUAUGGCUUGUUUUUAUCUACAGAAGUGGCUUACUAUACAUAUAUUUAUGCUAAAGUUGAUAGGAAACAUUAUCAAGAAGUAACUAGUCAUACAAAAGCAGCAUCUCUUUUUGGUCGUUGUAUGUCUGGUAUUGUUGCACAAUUGACAGUUUCUUUUGAUAUAUUAGAUUAUCAUCAGUUGAAUUAUAUUACAGUAUCAGCUACUUCAUUUGCAACAAUAUGGGCAUGUUUUUUACCUUCUGUUGGUCAGUCCAUUUAUUUUCAUAAAGAAAAUGAAAAUUAUGAAAAUCAUGAUUCUUUAAAUAAUAAUGAAACAGUAUCACAAUCAUACAGUUUAAGUGAAGUAUUACAUAGACCAGAACAGCACAAUAACAACAAUUCUCCCAGUACAAAUAUUUCAUUGAUACGUAAAAUAAAACAAGCUUAUAUUUUAUUAUGGAAAGAUUUUUUGCAAGCAUAUUCAAAUAAUCAUGUUGUAAAAUGGUCAAUAUGGUGGUCAUUUUCUACUUGUGGAUAUUUACAAAUUAUCAGUUAUAUACAAUUACUUUGGCAAACUGGUGUGUCACAUGGAGAUAAAAUUUAUAAUGGAGCUGUAGAUUCUUUAUACACUAUCAUAGGUACAGCUACUGUUUUUUUCAUUGGAAAGAUACCAUUUAAUUGGUCUCUGAUAGGAGAUGUAGUAGUAUCAUUCAUGUCAUUUGUAGAAGGUACUUUAUUAUUAAUUUCAUCAUAUAGUUACAAUAUUUGGUUAUUGUAUGGUGCUUAUAUAAUAUUUGGAAUUAUUUACCAUACAAUGGCUACUGUUGCAAGCUUUGAAAUUGCAAAAUGUAUAUCAGAAGAUAGUUAUGGUUUAAUAUUUGGUGUAAAUACCUUUAUUUCACUAUUAUUACAAACUAUAUUAACCCUUAUUGUAGUAACUGGAAAUUUAAAUUUAAAUAUCAGAUCUCAGUACUUUGUUUAUGGUGGUUACUUUAUUGUAAUAGCAAUACUAUAUACAAUAAUAGGCAUUUUUAAUAUUGUAAAACACUGUAGAAGAGGUACAGAAUUCAAUAUUUGGGUAAAUGAUGAGAAUACCACAGUAGAAGUACGUCCGGAAGAAGAAGUAAAUUCAUCCAAAUUUUACAGCUCUAGUUGAUACUGUAAUUAUUUAUAAAUUCUAAAUAUAUUGCUCCUUUUACUGGUGCAAUAUUUACUUAGAUAAUAAUAGAAAAUGUAGUAUUAUUUAUAUUUAAUAGAUAAUCAUUCAAAAACAGUACAAAUUUUUAUUGUUAUACUGUUCAUUUUGCAGUAUAGGUGAAUGAACUUUUACCUGUUAAAUGUAUUUCCUAAAAACACUUAAUUAUUAUGUACUUAUAGAUGCAUAUCUUUAUUGAUAAGAUAUGCCCAAUUUAUAGUAUUAAAUAUAAUAUUUUUUCACAGAUUAAAAAAGAAUGUAGCAUAAAUUACAUAAAUGUU